UCGGGCGAAACCGGCAACGUCAACGCUACACCACAACAAACCAUUAUUUCUACCUAAAGCACGUGUAGAACCGAUCGGUAGCAUUAAUCUGUAAUCGUAAAUAAAAUGAACAAACAGAAACGUAAAUCAAGUGUGGCAAGUGCCUCAGCUACAAAUGGAAAUGACUCGGACAUAUCGGACUACGAAGUGGAGUGGCAAAUAAAGCCCACGCCAGCAAAGGUUACCAAGGCAGAUUUGUUUCCGCUGCCGACAGCGGUUGAAAAGAAGCUACAGAAAUCGGCACGGGGAGGUCGUGAAGAGUCUUCUUCAGAGGACGACAGCGAUGAUGACUCUCGGGAAGGCUUGCCGACGUUAACCGCCCAACAAAUUGCUGGCAUUCUGGAGACGAUAAAGAACAACAAACGUUUUGUGUUGAUUGUGAAGAACUUGAAUUUCUCCACCACCAAGGAAGAAAUCGCAGAGCACUUCGAUCAAGCCGGUCGUGUGAAAAGUGUACGCAUACCGAAGUUUCGUUCGUCUGGAUUUGCGUUCGUGGAAAUGGAAAAUGCAGAAGCUUUUCAGAAAGCAUUUCUGCUCGACGGUUCCUUUCUCGAUGGUAGAAAAAUCGACGUCGACCUGUCGGAAAGUGGUAGCAAAAAGUCUGCCACUCGCAAACAGCUGCUGGAGAAGAAAAAUUACGAAAUACGAAAGCUGCGCAAGAAGAACAAAAAGAAUGUUAAAGCAACGGAAAUAACGCUGGUGCCAGAUCCGAGCGUGUUCCAGAAGAAGGUGCCACCACCGGACCGAUACCUCGACAAGGUGAAACCAAAAAUGCUUACCAGAAAGGAAAUUAAACAAGUUAAGAAAAAACAAUCGCUACGGGCGAAGUUUAGGAAUUUAGAGAAGAAAGGAAUAAAGGCGUGAGCGAGGAGCACGGUGAAAUACAAAAAUGGUGUUCG